CUCUCUCUCUCACACACACACACAUUCAGUCCAUUCUUUCACACACAUUCAGUCCAUUCUUAAAGACUUGAGAGCACUAAAAUAUUGUGCCGUGGCAGGGAAGAAAGCUCGUUUCUCUCCCUUGCACGCACCAUUUAUCAUUUGACAGUUUUUUUUCCCUCCGUAAUCCCUCCUGCUUUUGGAAUUUGGAUCCAUCCUUCUCUGGGUCUUCACUCCAAUCGACUGUCUUCUCUUCUAUAUCUUUCUCCCUCAUCCCUCUAAAUGGGAUUUCUUUCCCUAUACAAUACUGCUUCAUUCUCCAUUAUCCAAUUCACACGUUACUAUGCAACUUCUCUUCUUCCACUCUCCUCUCCCAAACAAAAACUCUUCUCUAUAAAUUCCUCUCAGACCCACCAACCAAAAGGUCCAAACCUCCUACCCAUUAUCUUAAAAAAAGCAUUGAUCGAAGCAAGCAAUGCAGACAAACCUUCUUCUCUUAGUUUUCGCUAUCCUCCUUAUUCCAAUCUCUUCUGCCACUGCAACUCCGAUCCUUGAUGGUUAUGACCUUCAUCCAGAUGCCAAUCUCCCCUCUGUGCAAGCAGAGAAGCUAAUCCGACAGCUUAAUCUCCUCCCCAAGGACGCCCUUGACUCUCCCAUCGCUUCCCAAGCCGUCCCUCCCCACCCCAAGAUAGUCGAGAAACGCUUCACGUUACCUAACCUUGCUGCUUCCCCUGAUGUUUCCGUCGAAGACCUCGGUCAUCAUGCCGGAUACUAUCAGCUCAAGAAUUCCUACGCUGCCAGGAUGUUCUACUUUUUCUUUGAAUCACGAAACAGCAAGGAUGAUCCCGUCGUUAUUUGGUUGACUGGGGGUCCAGGGUGUAGCAGUGAGUUGGCUAUUUUCUAUGAAAAUGGGCCUUUCAAAAUUGCAAACAAUUUGUCCCUUGUAUGGAACGAUUACGGAUGGGACAAGGUAUCAAAUCUUCUAUAUGUUGAUCAGCCUACUGGAACUGGUUUUAGUUAUAGUUCUGACAAUCGUGACACUCGUCAUGAUGAAGCAGGUGUUGGCAAUGAUCUAUAUGACUUCCUGCAGGCAUUUUUUGCUGAGCAUCCUGAAUACGCGAAGAAUGAGUUCUAUAUUACAGGAGAAUCAUAUGCUGGGCAUUAUAUUCCUGCUGUUGCUGCUCGCGUUCACCAAGGGAACAAAGCUAAAGAGGGCAUUCAUUUAAACCUCAAAGGAUUUGCAAUUGGAAAUGGACUCACAGAUCCUGCAAUCCAGUACCAAGCAUACCCAGAUUUCGCAUUGGACAUGGGCUUAAUUAAGGAAUCUGACUUCAGUAUUGUUAACAAAUUGCUUCCAGUUUGUGACAUGGCAAUAAAGCUUUGCGGCACCGAUCAUAAAAUCCCAUGCAUAGCAUCAUAUGUUGUUUGCAACUCCAUAUUCAAUAUGAUCGUGGGGCAUGCCGGUGAUAUCAAUUACUAUGAUGUCAGAAAGAAGUGUGAGGGGAGCCUUUGCUAUGAUUUCUCAAACAUGGAGAAGUUCCUGAACCAGAAAUCUGUUAGGGAUGCAAUUGGAGUGGGGAACAUUGAAUUUGUUUCAUGUAGCCCUACCAUUUACCAAGCCAUGAUGGUGGACUUGAUGAGGAAUCUGGAAGUUGGUAUACCUGCUCUUCUUGAGGAUGGAAUCAAGAUGCUGAUAUAUGCCGGGGAGUAUGAUCUCAUUUGCAAUUGGCUUGGGAACUCAAGGUGGGUUCAUGCCAUGGAAUGGUCUGGUCAGAAAGAGUUUGUCGCUGCUCCAACUGUCUCUUUCGUGGUUGAUGGUGGAGAAGCAGGACAAAUGAAAAGCCAUGGUCCUCUCACUUUCCUCAAGGUCCAUGAUUCUGGUCACAUGGUCCCAAUGGAUCAGCCCAAGGCUGCCUUGGAGAUGCUGAAGAGAUGGACUCAAGGGCAGCUUUCAGAACAAGGUCAGGUGGCUGACAUAUGAUUUUCUCAGAUAUGUUAUCCAUCUUCAGUGGUAUUGGUAAACCAUUUACAGUUUCCCCAAUUUCUGGCUCCCUUCUGGAGGUGCUUGUGAAUAUGUUCCCUGACUCUGGUUUAUGCUACUCCAUGCAUUUCAUAAAAAUAUUUUUGGAUUUACUA